AAACUUCUUCAAUUGCUGCUUUAACACGAAACUGUUACAUCAAUUAAAGGUUGCGCUUGCAGAAGAAAAUUGAAUUUUAGAGCAAUCGAUUUCCACCACGUCUAAAAUCAGACUCAAUUGGAAAUGCUUAAUGAGAUUGGUCGCAAGUCAAUGUAGCGAGGGUAUAUAGGGAACCCAGCUACCAUAUACGGACCUCCACUCUGGUUCCGGUGAAGCUGAAAGGCGUAGCUAUGUUGAUUUCCUGCCUGUGGACAACUCUUCCGUGGAUUGUCCUGGGCCAGACGUACUACAUGAGCUUUAUUUUCAACAACUAUGGGCCCUCCAGAAUAAGUGCGCCUCAACUGGGAUUCAACGGCUCAUCGAAUCCGCAAAUGGAGGGAGGCAAUCCUAGAGUUAGCUCGGAAGAGCAUCCGCAUGAGCAGGAAACUCUGGAGGUUAGUUCGUUGGAGCAUUCAAGGGAGUCCAAGCGGAAACCAAACCGUAAGAAAUACAAGGAAGCGGAAACUCUUGAGCUGAGUUCAGAAGACCAUUCGCGGGACACUCAUAACUCCAAGCCCGAUGUAGAAAACAUGGACUCAAGCGAUUCAGAUGAGGCUUUAAUUUGGUCCACAACCGCAAGGACAAAGCCCACGACUCCAAAGAGAAAACCCAAAAGGACUACAAGUGAAACUGCAGAAUUGCCAAGUGAAAUUACCACGGAACCGAAUAAGGUCACUGCAACUGAUAAGGGGAAAACGGAAGACCUAUCGCCCCCUAAUCCCCCUGAAGAAGUCACAGAAAGCCCAGAGGAACCAAUCGUCAGUACAUCCUCCAUAGCCACCAUCCGACCAACCAGUCCUUCGAGGACUUGGGGGGAGACCGUCACACCACAUCCCCCCGAAUUCUUCGAAUACCCAGAGGCCGUGUGCCGCGAGGACAUGGAUCUGCACGAGGUGUUCGGCAUCAGACUCGAACGUGAUCGGGGCUUGCCCACCAAGAUUCUGUGCGACUUCAAGAACAGCUGGGGCGGUCCUUGGCUACUUAUGACGCGAAUAGAGCUCCCAGUGCGCAUACACCUGCGCCACUGGUACUUCGGCUACGUGACUCCGGACUACAAGGACAUCAACAUCAACUUCCUGGCGCUGGCGCACAUCAUGAACUCCAUGCGAACUGCCAUGCUGAUCCUCGGGCAGGACAAGGACAACAAGUUGGUCUAUAAUCUCUACGACGACGUGGUCAUCUCGGCCUUCAACGAUCUGUUCAUGAUGCGCAAGGCCGAGUUGGUGGAGGCCAACACCACGGAGCUGCUAUUCGUGUCCGUGGGCAAGGUGAUGAGUUCGUAUGCGGGGCGGAAUCGAUCUUGUCCUUUGCAGGUCCUCGGCAGCUGGUGGGGUCAUCACGUGGUGCAAGAAAUGUACCAGGGAUUUUUCUGUGUAUUUCCCAAAGAUCGGAACAUUACAAUGCCUGGCUAUGUGGCAAUAUUUAUCAAGCCCAGCUUGUUUCCGGCAAACCACACAGCCCUCUACAACAAGCCCAUCUCCACGCGACGACCCUGGAAUACCAGCCUUAACACGAAGGUACUAAAUGAAACUGCCAGAAGUCCGACGCUGUAUAGGAAAAAUCAAAAAACCGAGUGGGAACGAAACAAGGUGGCUGUCAACAAGGAGCUGGUGCGACGUGCGAGGAUCUUCGAGACCAUCGACCGGUUGAGAAUGGAGGAGGCGAAGCGCUACCGCAUGAGGUAGCAUUAAAGGGGUUCUAGGCUUAGGGUGACACACUUGGGCUGGUACUUCUCCAUUACUCAAGAGGGAGAAUAGUUUAAGCUGUAUAGCGUUUAAGUACUAAAUCACUCAUUAGUUUAAGCUAAUAAAUAGGAAUGGACAUUUU